AUGGAACUCAAGAGUCUUGUGUUAUUCUUAACCCUAUUUUUACUAAACCUUAAUCAAUACUGCAAUGGUAAAUUACUGAAACACCAUAGCAGGAUCGUAAAUAUAUCAAGGGUUCCAGCUCUUCCGAACCCUUCCUUCGUGAGUUUAAAUCGCAGCAAAAAAGCAGAACCUAACACACCUCCACAAUUAACAGAGUAUAGAUUAAAUAAAAAUGUAGUCCUUUCAAAAUUACUUGAUAAAAGGAACCAAAAACUGGCGUUAGUUGCCAGCGGAACUGUAGUAUUUGCAGUGACUUGCUAUAAAUUUGUUUCUAAAAUACUUAAUUAUUACCUCUACGAACGCUAUGCCGUUAAGAACUCGCCUGGAAUUGUUAACACAAUAGGCCACGUUCUACUGAAAAACACGCCCUACGUGCCAUCGAAGACUUUCAUGGAUAAGGCUUUUAAACCAGUGUUAAUGGUCCUGGAAAAUACACCUUUCUUAAGAGGCCUGGUUAGACCUGGAAUGGAAAGAGUAUCAACGAGUUCUGUCAUCCAAAACGACACCAUAGUUCUAGUGUAUAUCUACGACGAACUGAUCCACCAACAAUCGAAGAAGUAUGGAUUUGACUACAUGAGCGUUGUUAUGAGUAAAUAUGAAUCACUGAAGAAAAGUGGGAAGAAGGUGGAACUAGUAUUGGUAAACCUGUCAAAUAAGUGGGACAUGAGCUAUGACACCUUCAAAGGGCUACCAUGCUACUCGGUUCCAUUUGGAAACAAGAACCUCAAACAUAAAAUUGCAAACAUGCUCGGACCAAACUCGAUACCGACCUUGUUUUUACUAGAUUCACAGGGAAAUGUGAUAAGCGAUAACUGCUUGUACCUGCUGUACAAGUGGUCCAACAACUUCCCAUGGCCGAAUGUAAAGUUCAUGGACUACUUGCCAGACAAACUCUACAACAGCGCAAACGAACCCGUUCCAAAGAGCAGCCUCUACGGAAAGAUUGUGGGAGUUUACCUGGAUAGCGGGAACCCUGAAGUGAGUCAAAAGCUCAGAAGCAAGCUGAAGGAACUUUACGAGUUCAUGAACAAGGCAACUGACGGCAAUUUCGAGCUUGUGACCCUUAAAUACUGCACAAAGAGGAACGAAUUUGACGAUUUCCUCAAGGGGAACCACCCCUCGUGGUUAAAUUUGGGUUUUGACGAGGUGACCACUAGCGUGCUGUUGGUCAACACCUUUGGAAUGAACGAGUUUGUGUCAAACGUAGUUCUUUUGGACCAACAGGGAGACGUGUACACAAAGUUUGGGAUGUUUGCACUUGACAAGAAUCUUCACCAGAGCUUGCUUAACGGGCUCCUGAAGGGAGCAGUCCGUGUGAAAGAUGGGGAAUUGGCACACUGCCACCUAAUGAACAGGCCAAUAAUAGUAGUGUUGGCAGAUAAAAAAGAUCCCAAGGGCUUGGAGGACUUAACAACUGAGUUAAACAAGGCCUUUUUGGCCCAUAAAAGAAAACGUAGAGGACAGGAGUUCGAGUUCUUGGUUCUAAAUGAAAAGAAACCGUGCGAGCAGACAAGAAAAUUUUUAAGACUUGAUGAUAAAACACUGAUGAUUGCUGUAAGUCCAUUUAAUAAGCUAUUGAAGUUUAAGGGAGGCGAACUGAAUGAAACUAGUGUUCUAAAAUUCAUAGAUGACUACUAUAACUCCUUCUAA